GGGGCCGAGGCCAGAGGAAGAGGUGGGGUUUGGAAGCCUGUUGCCCCCAAGAGAAUGAAUGAGGAGGACUCGUGGGCGCGCUCUCUUGCGGAGGCGCCACGCCGCUGAGGAGCCCCGGAGAUGUAGCACCGGUGCCCGCGCGGUUGGCCCCAGCGAUCGGGGCCCAAACCCAGCCCAAGCUCGCCCCCUCACCACCUCCUCCUCCUCCUCCUCCCCCUCCCUUCUCGUCGCUCUUUCCAUUGGCGUGCGCCGAGCUCCCUCGCUCGCUCUCCAGGCAGGCGAAGCGGGCGUGCGGCUGGCAGUGCGUGUGCGCCGGCGGUGGCUCCGCUUCCCUCCCUCUCUCUUCUCCACCCCGCUCCACUCCUCCAUCUCCUCCUCCCCCUCCCGCGCCUCUCCUCCUUCAGCGGCUGUGUGAUCUCUUCUCUGGACAAGGCGUUUAGUGACGGGGGAACGUGCAACCAGGCUUAAAGUAUGGCAAGCAAAGAUGGUUUCUGCCAAGGAGCCAGCGAUCGCUAUGUCUUCGGGUCUCUCUGUCACCUUCAUACACUUCUUGUGCCUGACGACCUGCUUCACCGUGCUCCCGGGACAGCUCAAAAAGGAAGAGAAAUUAUGGCCGGAGAAUUUCACACGCAUCCUGGACCGUCUCCUGGAUGGUUAUGACAACAGGCUGCGUCCUGGAUUUGGGGGUCCUGUUACUGAAGUCAAAACAGAUAUCUAUGUCACCAGUUUUGGACCUGUUUCUGAUGUGGAGAUGGAGUAUACGAUGGAUGUUUUCUUCCGCCAGACAUGGGUGGACACAAGAUUAAAAUAUGAUGGUCCAAUUGAAAUUCUAAGACUUAACAACCUAAUGGUUACCAAAGUAUGGACACCAGACACUUUCUUUCGGAAUGGAAAAAAAUCUGUCUCUCAUAAUAUGACAGCCCCAAAUAAACUAUUUAGAAUUAUGAGAAAUGGCACCAUUCUGUAUACAAUGAGGCUUACCAUAAGCGCCGAGUGUCCCAUGAGAUUGGUGGAUUUCCCAAUGGAUGGUCAUGCUUGUCCUUUGAAAUUUGGGAGUUAUGCAUAUCCAAAGAGUGAAAUGAUUUACACCUGGACAAAAGGACCUAAGAAUUCAGUGGAAGUCCCUGAAGAGUCUUCCAGUUUAGUCCAGUAUGACCUACUCGGGCAUACGGUAUCCAAUGAAACUGUUAAAUCCAUUACAGGUGAAUACAUUGUUAUGACAGUGCACUUCCACCUUCGACGAAAAAUGGGUUAUUUUAUGAUACAGACAUAUAUCCCAUGUAUCAUGACUGUGAUCCUCUCCCAGGUUUCAUUUUGGAUCAAUAAAGAGUCUGUUCCUGCCAGAACUGUUUUUGGAAUCACCACAGUUUUGACCAUGACAACUCUGAGCAUCAGCGCAAGGCAUUCCUUACCCAAAGUAUCCUAUGCUACUGCCAUGGACUGGUUCAUUGCUGUGUGUUUCGCCUUUGUAUUCUCUGCACUUAUUGAGUUCGCAGCUGUCAACUAUUUCACUAACAUUCAAAUGGAAAAAGCCAAAAGGAAGGCUGCAAAAGCCGUCCCUGAAUUUCCAGCGACUCCCAUUCAGAAGGAAAAUUGUACAGAGGAGGCACCUACGAGUACAGACUCCAGCUCAAAUGUGCGGAAAAGAACUAAUGCCACAGUGCAAACAGAAGCUGAGACUAUGAAGAGAAUUGACACAGGAAAUAGCUCAAUGCCACCUUCUACAGUAACUCAGGGGCCUUCAGACAUUACGCCCCGAUCUCCUUCGGCAUCAAGUCCAAACCCAUUCAGCCGCAUUAGCAUAUCGGAAACAUUGGCUUCUGCAAGAGCUGUUCCUUCGGCUCCUCCGUCUACCCCAGUUUUAACUGGUUACAUACCCCAGCAAGUCCCAGCUGGAUCUCCAUCCAUUCAUCAUUUACUUGGCACUAGACUGGAGCAGAUUCAGACCACAGCAAAUACUCUGGGAGCAUCUGCAAAGCCGUCAGCCAUCAUUCCUCCUCCACCUCCUCCUCCACCUCCUGCUCCCCCACCCUCAGGCUCUGACACCAGUAAGAUAGACAAAUAUGCACGCAUUUUGUUUCCUGUCACUUUUGGAGCAUUUAACAUGGUCUACUGGGUGGUAUAUCUAUCCAAAGACACCAUGGAAAAAUCGGAAAGUCUGAUGUAGUCUUGCUGCUAUGUAGUAGUUUUUUCUGAAAUUUAUUCUAAACCUAUUUGAAUGCAGAGUUUCUUCUUUUAAAACUAUUUUUUAAAAAAGAAACCUAUAAUGCUUAUUUUUUAAAAAAGCUCUGUGCUCGUUUUCCCAUGGUAAAGGGCAGAUAUUAUUAGGUAAAUAACUCCGCAAUGAGAAAAACGGAUAUGAACAUUGUCUUCCGGGCCUUCCCAAAAUGGCAUUUCAUUUGAACAAAAUAUGCUCGGCCUUUGGGAAGAACAGAGAAGGGAUACAAAAAAACCCCCACCAACAACCCCAAAUAAAUAAGAUUUCAGUGACAUACAGAUAUGUAGGAAAUAUGGCCUGACUUUUCCAAACGUGCUUGCUGAUAAGUAGAGAUCUGUAUUUUCAUGGCCUAGCUGUAGCACUAUAUGCUUGCGUAUGAGUUAUAAUAACUGUCACUUGGACAUUAUUCAGGUCUCUGCCAGUAAAGUCCUUCCCAUAUCAAACAUAUUAAGAAUGGUACUGGGGGAAAUAAACAAAAGAACUUGACAUAUGUUGGGAUGCUGAAGGAAAAAACAAUUAAGGCUAUGUACACGAGCAACCCUACCCAGGUUAGGGAAGCCCCACUUUGGUAAGGCUGCUCACGUGUAGUGCCGGGAUCAAACCUGAUCCCAGCACUGCCUUCCCCACCUGCCCAGGUUUUGUACCUGGGCUUCUACCUGGCUUAAAGGCCAUGAGCACGCCCUUUACCCCAGGUAUGGAGUCAUGUGUAUGCUCAGGUUGCACGCAGCCUGAAUAUACACAGAGUCAGGUGCAUAAAGUGCCCCACUCCCAGGGGAAUUCCCCAGUGCCCCAUGCUCAUCGCUGUACCGGCUGCCACUGAUCUGCGCUGCAUGGAGCAGUGCGGAUCGUGUGGACAUGUGACAGCAGACCCACAUAGACACUGGGGAUCAUCUGGGGCAAGGUAGGUGGAACCCUUCCUCCCUCCCCCGCCCGCUCCCCACUUCUGAGUAUAGCCUUAUUCCGUGACAUUGCUGGCACACACCAGGUAUUUUUCACUUAGCAGUUUCAUAUGCCACUCCACAAGUUGUUAUGGCUGUGAGCUAAGGAUGGGUGGAUCUUAAGGAGGCUGUAACCCACCUGAACAAGCUCUUUUUAACCAACAAAUUAGGGUCAUGAUCCAGCCAAAGUUAAACACAAAGUCCUAAUUGUUCUCAGUGGAAUUAAUUGAGCACAACAGUGCUUAACUGGCGCUCAAUUGUUGUCCAGAGUACAUGAAAACAUUAAACACAUUAUUUCUUCCACACUUUUUUAAAGAAACAGCCCCAAGGGAGGGACCUGAUCUGGCCUGGGAAUGCAGCAUACUCUGGGGCGUCUGACCAUUCCCCUUCCCCUGAUUUACCUGCUCAAAAUCCCACCCCCCAGUUGCUAAGUUGCUGUUUGCCCCUGAAGGUGCCAUUACACCAUAUAGCACCUUUGCGGACAAAUAGCAGCUGAGAGAGGAUGGCUUGGGAUGGGAAAAUGACACAAGGAGAAAGAGUCAGAACCCACACAUCAUGGUCUAAUCCAGAUCACCUCCCCACACCAUGGUAGCUAUUUCUAAAGGAGAGAAAAAAGAAAUAUGGGGGAGAUGGUGAUAUGUUUAAUGUAUUGUCUACCGUUACCCAGUGUGUCUGGGUCUAGUAAACUGACUCUUCUCCCACUGAAGCCAACUUGAUAGUAACAUUCCUCAGUGUUGGGUGUAAGUGCUUCACUGCUGUCAUUCAUGUUUUCGUGUGUCAUAACUAUUCUUAAUUUCUAAUCCAUUUGAGUUUGAAUGUGUGAACAUUCAAACACAGGGUGUGGUUAUUGUUCCAUAUUGGAUGUCCUUACUCACAGUAACUCAAUGCCUAUUAACUUGUUGCCAUAAAGGUGUUGGAGCUGCUACCUGUGGUCCUGUCCAUGCACUCUAGCAAUGUGCGUAUGGAGGAGUCACCAAAUGUUGUCCAUUCCCCCACUGGCACAGAACCGGACCAUAGUGAAGUGACUUCCAUACCACACUAGUAACAUAUGAAACAAGCCUUUAGUAGAAGUUCCACUGGCUUUAAGCACUUCAGGAUGGUUCAUACGAAUCAUGGGGCUUGUAGCACUAGCCAAUAAAUCCUUGGAGAUGGGCUAUAUCAGUGCAAACCUACAAAUGUGAAAUUAUUACAGAACAUUACACUAGCAAAAGUCUAGGGUUGGGGUAUCCUUCACUAGUCUUCAGGGAAUUUCUUUAGACUACUUCUAAAUUUACAUAUUGGAGGAAUCCAACCUGUGCUGCUCUGAAAAGGAAAGGAAAAUCAUCCUCACCAAGUUUGGUUUCCAGCAAAAUUCUUUCUCUUUUCCUGUCUCCUCUCAUUGCUGCAGCUCUUCUUGAUCUGUCUUUGAUUCUUCCCACUCCUUGUGCUUAAUUUUUCACCAUUCAGUUGCCUUUGGUUAUUAUCGCUCUGCUGCUUAUUUCAUAAACUGUAUGUAACCUAAAUACAGUCUCAUCCCAAUACAAUUUUGACUAGAGAGGUGAUUUGAUAAUGCUGCUGUUGUCCCCUAAAUAAGCAUACUCCCCCACUCUGUCCUGAUGUAAACACUAAGGGAGAAAUUAUAUUUAAAACCAAUUUUGUAGAAUUUCAGCAUAGUUCCACUUGAAUUGGUAAAUGUCACCAACAUUGCCCCUAAACAGCAAACACAACUCCUUCUAAAAGCAGUGAUGUGGCAUCCUUUAAACAGAAAAGGAACACUGCAAAGCAGGGACAAUUUGUUUCAAAGUUUAUGUGCUACCCUGAUGGACUUGUAAGAAGAUAUUAAAUACAUAUACUUGAAA